GUGACUUGACGACCAUCAGGUAUUUGGUUCAGGUGGAUUUUGUUGGAAACUUUCGGACUAUUUCGUAAUUCUUAAUGUUCAGAAGCGUUUGAAGUUGUGUAGAUAACCACAUAAAGAUUAAUACCGUUAAGAUAUAAAUUUAAAAAUGGAUUGGAUAAUGAAAUUACACGAUCCGCAAAUUGUUGCAAAAUUCCAGCGGGUUUGUGGAAUCGAACGUCUGCCUGAGCCGGAUGGGUUUGACGAAGAGUUUGAAAACCAGGACACGUCUUCAUUGAGCAAUGGCACGUACGACAAAUAUGUUAAACAAAAACAUAACGAUGAGUAUGUCCUUCAGCCUAGGUAUAAGAACAAUAAUAAUCGUCCCAAAAAUACUGACUUGCAAAAAGAGGGCGUGCCUCCAUUUGCCUCGGACGACUCGGAUUCGGAUAGCCAAUACAGGGAUACUAACCCCUACAAGAUUACUCCACAUAGGAUCAAAAAUAAGUUCAUAUUUUAUGCAUUCAAAUUUGCAUCGUUUUUUGGUGACGAGGCUUUUAAUUUAACAUUCUUGCCAUUUGUAUUGUGGAAUGUAGAUAGUGCACUGAUGCGUACAACUGUGUUAGUUUGGGGUAUAUCCAUGUACAUAGGGCAGGUGGGCAAGGAUAUUAUGCAGUGGCCACGUCCGACCACUCGUCAUGUUAUACGAAUGGAUAUAGACUUUGCUCAAGAGUUUUCAAUGCCAUCAACUCAUGCCGUUGCUGCUUCUUCUAUACCCAUCAUGAUGGCUUACAACAUUAUCAACAGAUACGAGGUAUCAACACCACUGAUUGUUGGUUUGGCAGUUGCCUGGUGCCUCAUGACAUGUGGAAGUAGGUUGUAUCUUGGUGUUCAUUCUUUACUAGAUGUGAUAGUAGGCGUUCUGAUAUCCCUGGUUGUUGCCAGUUUUAUUUUACCAUUCAACAAUCAAAUAGACUGGUUCAUACAAACAAGUCCCGCCUCCCCGGUUCUGAUGUUCAUACUGUGCGUAGCCUUCUCUACAGUCUUGUACCCGGCUCCAGAAAUCGGGAACCAGACGAGGACCGAUUGUGUGAAGGUCAUUGCUGCGUUAACCGGAUGUCUGAUGGGUCAAUGGGGAAACUAUUUCAACGGCAUGUCGCAGGCAGUACCUCCAGAAGCUCUCUUUGAAGUAUAUUUACCGAGUUUAAAGACAAUAGCUUGUGCAACGCUGCGAUUUAUGAUAGGUGUUUUAACCGUAGCUUUAGUUAAAACUGUUGUGCAGACAUUUUCGGUGAAAUUCCUCUCGUACAUUUUUGGUUUGGAGAAGGCUGAUCGUCAUCAUCCAAAAAUACAGGUGCCAUAUAGGUUUGUUACGUAUAUGACAGUGGGUAUAAUCAUCAGCUGGACUGUGCCAAUUUUGCAUCAUAAGUUUGGUCUUGGUAGGCCGCACUAUUACAUGGAAGUUCUGUGACUGGUUUAAGUAAUAGCUUGGUUUCAUGUAAGUGAAAAAGUUGAAAUUUUAAAAUAAUAUGUUCAGGCAUUUUUAAUGUUAAACUUUUUUUCGUCAUAUUUAACUAGUUAAAGAGUGUGCUGUUAAAUUUAAGGAUAAGUUAAGAUUUGUAAUAUGGCGUUAAUUGUAAUUUGAAAAUACUUGUAGGAGACUUGUAGGCCUAAUAUAAUGUAUUGCAGCAGUAACAUAGCAUGGAGCAUCUGUCCAAAGUUACGCUAGUGCUGUUGUAGCUCAAUUUAAGUGCAUUGAUAUUGAAAUCCCUUAAAGUUACUGUCGACCCAAACACAGUUGUUUGCGAUUUCAGCAGGGAAUUGCUACAGAAUCAUCGUAUCUGUUUACAGUUAUAAAAUAUGCAUAGACAUAAAAGCUUGCAGUUGUUAAAAGUUAUGCUCCACCGGCCAGACAGAUGUAAAUAUCUCAGCUUGUCUAUAAAAGUAAUGUUUACGAAAUAAAAUGUUUCAACUGUCUAAAAUUAUAUUGGGAUAAAAGGGCUUUUAAAUAAGCUUGUAUUUCUGGGAGCAAGGCAUGUAUAAGUUAUCUUAUUCCAAGAAAAUUAACGAACCAGUGGUGUUUUGCAUAUUUGAUGCCACUUUUAUUUAGAAACCAUUUGAACAAUCGUGUGUUGGAGACUCUCAGCUAAGCUUUAAACUAACAACAUGGUUACUAUUCCAUAUUGUAAGCAGAAUAAAAGUUUGACGCAGAAUUUUCAGCAUUACAUGAUUAGGUGAUAGUCAAUGAUAGAUUAAGUCAUGAAGAUAAAAUCAUGAAAAUAGCUCUUGUCAAAUUUCUAAGUGAAGUCUUUCAGGAAAAAACUGCUACUUAUAGUCCUUUAUGGUUAAGGAAACCAUUCCAUAGCAGGUUUUUGAAUAAAAGCAUUAAAAGUCCAACAUAUCGUGACUGGUAAAUGUGAACAAAUUUAUUUACACAAAAUAUUUUAUAUAAUUAUUUUUUAAGUUUGUGUAUCAAAUCCAUUAAGCAUGAUAUAUACAUUCAUGUACAUAUAAUUGUAUUCUUAAAUUAAAAAAAAAAAAAAAAAUUUUUAUUGAUAUGUUUGAGUUACAAAACAUUUCAAUUAAUUGUUUAUGCCAAAACAUUCACUUUGUCACGUAUGAAUGAAUUUUGUAGUUGUACAGUAUGAGUUGAGUGUCAUAAUGGCGAAAAUCAAAAAAAAAAAGUAUAUAAAAUUAAUAUGCAUGAUUGUUAAUUUACUUUUAUUAUAAACCUGUUUACAUCUUUCUACUCUACUGCUUGUAUCACAUAAUUAUAUGCCUUUUGCUUGUAUACAGCCUUUAAUUAUGUUGAUAAUAACCUCCUGUACUUAUAAAAGUAGUGGUCAUUUUCUAAAAUUGCUGUCAGUAAAAAAUCUAGCUACAGCUAGUAUGGCCUUUCUACUUUGUUUAAUUCAAUUUCAUUCGAGUGACAGUUAUUUAUAAGAAAGUCUUAAUAAGCAUUUUUUUUCCUUGAUAGUUUAAUUUUUUUUUAUAAUUUUGAUAAAUUUGAAAUUAUAAUUUUGAUAUAUUUUCUUAACUAUGUAAUUUAUGUGCCUAUCACUAUUCAACAAUGCAAAACUGUUUAGAAAUUCUCAAAACAAUUUCUUACCAACAAUAUUCUUAUUGUAAACUGAAUGUCUGUGUUAUGUGUGACGUCCGUAAUUGUAUGAUUUUGUUGUAGAUAUUACUAUUCAACCAUACAAGUCUGUUUUAUAUAUAGAACCAUUUUUUCGGCCAACCAUUUCCAGAUUUAUAAAGCUUGAAAUCUGUGCUAUGCAUCCCUCGUUUAUAUGAUGUAUCACUUCUUGACAAUGCAAAACUUUAAAAGUGUUUAAUGCUUAAAAAAACCAUUUCUUGUUAUCAUUUCUCAUGCGUCACUUAAGGUCUGAGCUAUACUGAUCCCUCUUUUUAUGUUGUAUAUAUUAUAUAUAUAUAUAAAUAUAUAAUCAUGUACUUUUAACCAAAUUAUUCAUUCAUGUUUUGAAAAAAUAAUGUCUACUUUGUAAGAAAAACCAUGUUGAAGAUGAAUUCCACCAUUAAUCACAUAUACAUAAUAUUCAAUGCAAGAUUUUUACCUUCAUUAUUAUUAUGAUUAUUAUCAUUUUAAUUUGUGUGCAUUUUCUUUUUCAUUGUGUAAUAACAUAUAUUAAGCACUUAUUGUUCAUCUGCUCAUCAAAUAAUAUCAGUCUGAAAACAUUUUUUUCUUAAUAUAUGAGAUUUUUUGGAUGAUAUUUCAAAGAUAGGUCUAAAUGUUGUAUUUAAGUUAGAAAAUUGAGAAAAUGGGGAAGAACAUAACUGUUAGAUAUUUUACUUUGAAUUCUAUAUUUACAUUGUGGAAAAUUUUUGAAUAAGUAUUUGUUUAAGUGUUUCUUGUCAUGUAUAUUAAUAAUUCAGGUAUUUAAUUUUAAAGCAACACAUUUCCAUAUUUUUGUAUCGUUAGUACUGAUUCAUUUCUCGACCUCAUAAAAUAUUUUACUGAAAUUCAAAUUUUCAGGCCCAAAAAUGUCCAACAACCCGUAAGAAACAAGUAAAAGUGUUCCAGAAUUUACUUUAUAAAAUUAAUAUCAUAAUAAAAAUUUUAAAAAACGUUGCAGAUGAAACAGGCAGGUUUAUUCAAAAUGAAGAUUUUGCCGACCCUGAGUGACAUGUAAAUUGUGAAUUUCAAAACGAUUGUUUUACAAUUGGCAUUAUUUGUGUUUGCUAUAAUUCAUUCCAAAUUAGGUGUAUUAUAUUUAUAAUUCCAUUGAUUUUCAAGCUGAGUGAUAUGAGUAUAUUUCAUGCUUGAAUUGAUUAUAAAAUGUUGCUGUUUUGUUUCUGCUUGUAAUGAAUCACUGCUGAAUAAAAAAUAAUAUAUAUACAUGUAUAUAUAUAUUUAUAUGAUUAGGUAAGAAUGUAUACAAUUUAAAUAAUAUGGUAUUAUGUGGUGUCAUUGCUGAGUGGCUAAGGCUUCGGACAAGAAGUAAUCUAAUGUUGCUAACUGGAUGGGUUCAAACCCCGUCAGGGACAUUAGUCAUUGUUUUCUUGAGCAAGAAAUUUUACACUCAUUGCGCAGUACUGGUUAGUUUCAGGAACGUAUUCAAAAGUGUGUCUAUAGGCUUAUAGCUUCAUACACAAUGAAAUAAAAGUAAAUUCUGUAUAAACCAAUAUGGUAUUAAUUUUAUGAGUGACAGGAUAGUUUUAAUAAUAAUUUUAUGUUGAACUAAGUCUUAUAUAAAGAUUGUUCAAAAAGUGGUAAAAAAAAAACCCAAACAAUUCUGUGAUAUUUCAAAAGUAUAGAAUAAUUUAUGUUUAAUAGAUUAGUGAUUCAAUCCUGAACUUGUUGGGGCAAUCUUAACAAACCGGUACAACCUGUAUAGCGUCAGGUCGGUGGGCAGUUUUACUGGACAUAGUCCAAACAUUUUACUUUAAGCUGCACAUGUUUUGAUAUUUUCAUAGUGAAAUCCCUAAAACUGAUAAUGGGCUGCUCCAAAUGCUAAAAUGGGCAAGUCCACUUCACAAAUUUCAGAAGCUUUAAGUUAACUUAGGUAGGGAAGGCAUUAUCAUAUCACACAGUUUGUUCCACAAACAUUAAGGCUCAACAAGUUUUUAGCCUGUAGAUGAUCUGGUAGCUUUAAAAAUGAAUUUAGUGCAAUGCUUUAAUAAGGUGGUAGAAAUUUCUUGAUUUAAUUCUAGUCAUCUAAUGGUAAUAAUGCAUAGAUUGUUAAAUUUAUAGUGAAUAAUUUUACGUUUUCUAGUUUAGUUUUAAGCUUUUCCCAUGUGUAACAAAUUUCCUAUCAUUACAAGUAAUUAAACAUAUAUUUCAUCAAUUUAGGCAAUUUUACAAAUACAGCUAGAUUGUUCAACCAGAAAGAUAUAAACUUUGAAAAUUGCACAGUCAGUAACUUUUACAUUAUUCAGUGAAAGGUUUAACAUUAUUCAGCCAAUUAAGGUGUUUUAGAUUUAAAAGUUUUGUCCUAUAUUAAGUAAUAACUAAUAACAAUAAGAAUAUUAUGGUUAAUUUCUUUAACAAAUGAAGUUAUGAGGUUUUAAUUUAAAGGCAGGUUACGAUUAUAUGCCCCCUAAAAUGCCUUUAAUCUUGUAUCUCAAAAGCUUUUUACUUUUGGUGUAUUGUCAUGGUUUUUAAACAGUUACAUCAAGCAUAUUGGUAAUUUUUCCCCUUUAUUAAAGAUGUGAUUUUCUUUUCUUGAAGAUGGGGCAGGAGGUAGGGUAUCUUAAGUAUAUUUAUUGAGGGAUGGGUGCUCAUUGUAGAUUUCAUGGUAAAACUUUUGUUUAUGAUCAUACCUUUUGAAACAUUAUUAUCAUACUAACUUUAAUGUAUCACUUUAAGUGUUAUCAAAGGUCAUGAUAGGUUAUCAGCCUCACUGGGUUAUCAGUUAUCAGUUAGAAAUAAAAAGGUUAUCUGCUGAUACUAGGUUAUCAGUUGUUAUAGGUUAUCACGCGGCGAUAUCAAAAUUACUCAUUCAGGAUACGAAAUUCUGUUUAUGUCCUUGUCUAGUUACUUAUACAUGUAUAUAUAUGGCGAUAUCUAGCUCAUUUUGUACGUGCAUAUUUUAAUUUAUCAAUAUAGUACGUGAGGCAACCAUAUUCUCUUCUAAAAGCCCUGUAAACAAAAGUUUCAUGUACACUGUCGUAAACGUCAUAUGAGUUUUAUUAUUAAAUAAUGUGAAGUGAUUCACGAUCAUUCGUCUAUUGUUAUCUUUGUGUAGCAACAUGUUAACUCCUUUUAAAAUUUAAUUGGAGUUAAGCUGUUACUGUACUAAGAUGGCAAUAUUAACAAUAAUGACAAAAAAACUUCAUUUAUAUCUCAGUUAUGAAUUCACUAUAGUCCUACAUGUACUUUGUUGACAAAAUAUUCAUAGUCAUAUGUGUUGACAGAAACAGGAUGUACAUGUAUCAAUAGAACUGUUGAUUCGUCAUGAUUUAUAAUACAAGUUAAAUGCCCACUUGGAAGCGAUUUUGUUCAUGUGGUCAAAAAAAUUCUGACUUUCACCAAUGACUUAUGCAGUGGAAGAAUAUAGUGGUCCUUUCUUUAAUUUUGUUCUUUAUGCAGCGAAAAAAGAUAUGAGGCUCUUUUAUUAUUUUGCUUUUGCUUAAGAUUUCAUGAGUGGUUUCAAAAUCUAUGAAGUCUCCAUGAGUGGUUUAAAAGAAAUAUAUAAGAGAGGUUGCCAUGAAGUAUUCUAAUAUUUAUGACAAUUUCCAUACAUUUUCCAUGAGUGGUUACACACAAACUUCAUGAAGGGUUUCCAUGAUUUUUUUCUGAUGAGUGGUGUAAAAAAAAUAUCCACAUAUUUUAUAAUUUAACUGAGUGGUACAAACAAAGUUAAUGUGAUGAGAUUUUGAGAUUCAUGAGAGGUUUACAUGAUGCCACUAUGAGAUGUUGCCAUUCUAUGAUCAAAACAAGGCUGAGUUAGGCCUUUAACUCUUAACCAUCUGGAACCAAAAGUGAAUAUGGGUAGUUUAUGCUACCAGUAUAGAGCCAGGCCAGUCUGCACAUCCAUGCAGUCUGACCUGAGGGUCUUCACUGUUGGCUGACUUAAAAUUUUCAACCUAAUCCCAAAUUUGAUAAUGGACAGGUCCAAGAACAGUGGAAGCUGAACAAAUCUAUUUAAGAAAUUCAGGGAGGUAAAUUCUGCAGAAAAAUGGGAGGGGGGGGGGGGUAUUUUUUCAAUAAUUCAGCAGCUGCUGUGCAUCUUUAACAUAUGUUGAAACAGAAAGGCGAUAUAGGAAUAUCAAUACCUUUGCUUUUUCCCUCUUGCAAUUUAAGAUGCAUGUGGCUGUUUGAAUUCUCACGGUUGAUAGUACAGUUAAAUCUAUAAACCUUGCACUUUUUGUUUUGUUGCUCAGGUUAAGUUUUUACUUUAUAAAUGUAUAUAUAUGUAUGAUUUGUUAGAUGAUACAGGGCUUGUACACAAUUUUUUCGACAGCAUUUUCAUAAUUUCCAUACGAUGGAAAAUAAAACUUAAUAAAAUAAAAAGGUUUUUUUCACAGGUAAGAAUAGGGGUCCUUCCCCUUACUAAUUUAGAGAAUUUUAAUAAAAAGAUAUUUUUUUAAUUGAAGUUUUUGCAAAAUCUGUAGAAUUUAAAGAAUUUUUCUAGGGGUUUGGGAUCAUCAGGGAGGAGUUUGGGAUUCUCCUUUAAAUGGCCAUACAUGUAGCUUUAUCAGUAAAAACAACAACAACUACACUGAAUGUAAACACACACACAUGUACACAAAACAUUGAAGUUCUUAAGAUUUUAUUGGUGUAUAAUUAUUGUUGACCAAUUGGCAGAAUUUAUUCUUAAAUUGGGAAGUUAAAAUUUAUUGUAAGCAAUAUAAUUGUUUAUAUGCUCUUCCUUACUAUAACCUUUUGUGAUUUUGUGAAAGAGGUUUUACUGCCUCAAGGCAUUUCACCUUAAAAUAAAACUUGCAUAAUAUUUUUUUUUCAGCCAUACCAUAUAAUUAUUUAAGCAAGAAUCAAAAUAUUGGAAACAAACAAAAUAGUUUGUCCUACACUUUCUUGAUUUGUAUGUUUGAUUUUACAGAAUAGCAAUUGUAACUGCUGAUUUGUGUUACAGUAUGUCGUUAUUUUACAUGAACAUCUUGCAUAGAAAACCAAUUUUGUAUGUGUAUAAUUAUAUUUUCAAGGUCUCUUAGAUAAUUAUGUUGUUUUUUAACUUGUCACUGUAUUUAUAUACAUGUUUAUGUAUGUAAACUUAUAUGAAACAUGUGAUAAAAUCAAUGAUGCUGCAUUAUACAUGUAAUUGUGAUUUAUCUAAGAUUUUUGAGAGUUUAAAAUUACAUUUUUGACAAAAAAACAUUGAUAUGACAUAAAAUAACAUGCAAUUGUGGUUAUACAUGUAUAUAAACUCUAAUUGUUGUAAAAGACCUCAUUUGAUUAAAAAAAAAACCAACCCUAAAUGUUGAAAUACAUACAUGUAAACAUAUAAAACAUGACAUUGUGCUAAAAUGAAUGAUUCUGCAUACUAUAGUAUAAUUGUGAUUUUUGAGAGUUUAAAAUUAAAUCUUUGACAAAAUAAACAUAACGAUAAUAUGAAAUAUGAAUAACUUGCAAAUAUGUACUUGUAUUUUAUUAUUUCUAUAAAUAAACACUUGUUGUUGUAAAGGACAUAUUAUUUGAUAUAAAAAACCUAAUGUUUUCAACCUUGAGAUCAACUUUCACAAGGCCUUAAGUUUCAUACCGCUGAACAGUCAAAUAAAAGAUUGAAUACAGUAGUUUUUUUUUUGAAAAUGUAAACCAUCUUUAUAAGUGUCAUUUUCCCCUGAAUUGUGUGAAAUGUAUUGUGUACUGCAUUUAACAUAUAACUAGAUGAUCAAAUUUUAUGACCUUCAAGUGAAUUUUUUUUUAAUGAAAAUAGAUGGGUACAUGAAUUUUAUCAAGUAUGUACUUAUAGAUGAGACGUUUUAUGUUGUAACAUUGAGUAGGUUUAUUUGUUUGAAAUGGGAAGACUUUGUAUUUAACUGAGUUUUAUCAUGUCAACGCCUGGGUUAUAAAAAAAUUAUUUCACCCCUUUAUAAUAAUGAAAGUAGGCGUGAGAUGAAAAUAAAGUAAAUUUUUGUGAUCAAAAUACAAGAAAUGUAAAGAAACUGAUUGAAUUUUAGCUGGUCAAUGUGACUUUUUCGAUGCAGUCCUUAAAAAAACACCUAAAUAUGUCAAAAUGUGCAAAUUUUAUUAUGUUAAGUAACCAGCUAAAAAUAUGGCAAUUAAGAUAAUGAACUAGUUCAGUCAUAUUUUAAUUGACAUGUAAGCCUGUUGUCCCCAUCAGGCUAAAACCAUGUGACUAGUACAGACCAAAUAUUUGUCAUAAGUUUGGUAUUUUUGUUAAAUUUGUGAUAUCCCUCUGUAGUGCAUGUAGCUUUAAUAGAUAACACUCACUGUAUAAAAAUAUUUUUUUCCUUGAGGUAAAUUUUUUAUACAUUAUUUACAUAUUUAACCUUUGACAUUCCAGACAGGUUAUUUACCUCAUUUUGUUUUAAUGUUGACCUCAGCUUUAGUUAUGUGACAACUUGAUAACCAAAUCAUUCAUUUAUAGGUAAUAGGACUAUUAUAGCUUGAUAAAUAAAACUUUGUACCUAAAUAGUAUAGGCAUUGAAAGAAGUGUUUUGUAAACAAGGGUUAAAUUGAUUUAACAAGAUAUAUCAAUUUUAAAGCUUGUUUCAUAUAAUGUCAUUGUUGAACUAUACAUACAGAAUAAAUAAAAUUUUGUCCCCUCUGAUUUAAUUAAAGGAACUGUUUCACAGAAUUUGUAGUGGUUCAUAUAUAUAUUAAGGAUAGGUCCAUUUAUCAAUUAUUUUAAAGCAGGUUUUUCAUUGCUUACUGUUUUAUUAACCAAUUAUUUUCACAAUUUCUUCUGUACGCAUCUUAUACAUUUCUCAAGAAAUUUCAACUAAUCUUUCACAUAAGUAUUGCCUUUGAGUGGCCUGGCAAAAUUUUUUCAGGGUUUUGUUAUCAUAAUUAUUUUUGCAGAUUUAUGGCCCAUUUUGUAAUUUUUGCAAGACUACAGACAUAAUAUUGACAGAAAAUCUGUCUUUGUGAUUCUAACUAUGUUUUAAAUUUAAUGUAUUGCAUACAUGUAUGGUAUGUACACUUUAUAUUAACAUGUUAGUAGGUUGUGAAAAUAAUGAAAUGCAUAUGCAUGUAAUAGUUAAUUUAACCUAUAUUAUUAUAUCAUAUAACAAUGUCUUGGUGCACUAUUUAUAAAUAUCUCAUUGUACCUCUUUAAUCUAUGUAUUUCUACACUAUACUUUAUCCAAAAAAAAUAUCUUCCAUAGUACCAUAUCAUUCCAUUGGCAAUUUAUGUGUAUGUUACCUAAUUUGAAGAGUUUAAGCACUUGAAUGCCAUUAUUCUUGUUUUCUUGGUAAAGACUAAAAGAGACGUUAUUUUCAUAUUUUUUUUCAUGUUGUUUUCUACCAUUAACAAAAAGAGGCAGGUUUUGGUUAUCAUUGACUAAAAGUGGCAAUGUUGGUAUAGUAAUAUUUACAGGUUAACUCUGGGAGACUAAUGCAGUAUCACAUGACUGUGUAAACCCCUAUCAAUUAUGCAUUAGUCUGAAUAUUGUAAAGUCGAUAUAUGAUAUGUCAGUCAUAUUGCACAGUACAUUAGCACUUGUAUUCGAUCAAUUACUUCACAAUGCAUAUUAUAUAUAUUUAAUUAUCUAUAUCUCUAUAUCAGACCAAGUCUACAGUACAUCUAUAUGAAUAUUUCAUUUUGGGGUGUGUGUGUGUGGAGGGGGGGGGGGUGUUCUUUUCUCUCUAGUAUAUAGUUAUCCAAUAAUAGCAUAAUAGAAGCUUAACUUUGCGUGAUGUUUGAUAGCAACACCAAGAUACAGAAAAUAAAAUGUCAUCAAUUUAUCCCAUUUGUUUGUGGAGAAUCUACUUGUAAAAAUGCUUUUUAUGUUUUUAUAGACUAUUUUUUUAAGCACCUAUGCUGUACAUAUUUGAAAUGGCUAAUGUACAACAUCUACAAUGUAGAAUUCAUUUUGAGAAAUUUUCAGAUAAUUUGUUAAUUUAUGUCUUAUUUUUCAGUUAUUUCCAAAGCCAUUAGUAUAUCCCCUCUCUGAUUUAUUCCAGGUUUAAAGUUAUUAAGUGACAAUGCAUUUUAUUAAAAGGUUACAAAUUAAUUUUUAAGAAUCUACAUUUGUAAAUUUUAUACUAAAACAUCUGAUUGCCACAAAACAUCAAAACAGGUGUUCAAUAUUGUAAUUUUUUAACUAGGUAUUGAUUAGUUCUAUUGUCAAGUGUUUAAUUUAUGGUUAUAUAACGGUGUAUCAUAAAUACCCCUAAAAUUUAAACAAACAAAAACAUUUCUGUUCUUAAUUUACUAUACAGUCAAUAUAUUCGUCCAAUAUUCAUUUUCAAGUUUCGGGAAAUGAAAUAUGUAUUUGUACAAUACAGGUAUAUUGAACUAAGCUACGAGUGUUUUAAUGAGGAAGCUAAUAUAAAACUGAUAAAACACCAGUUUAAGGAAGCUAUAACAUGUAAAUAUUCAUAUGUAUACCAUUACAUUAAAAUGAUCUUUUACAAUUUGUAAUCAUGCACCAAAGAAUACAAGGAUUUUUAUUCACAUAUCAUGUUUCGCUAUCUUGGUUCAGGACAAUAAUUAGUGUUAGUUGCAUGCGAAAUAUUUCAUUACAGAUGCAUUUAAUUAUUGCACUUGCAAAAGUUUGAGAUUUCAAAAAAAAUAAAAAUAAAUAAAUAAAUGAAUGUAUGUCAAAAUAUGGAAAGCCUUUACUACCUUUACUUACAUUAACAGCAGGAUUGAAUUUGGUGAUAAAAACAGUAAAUUCAGCCAGAUUUAAUCAAUUUCAGCCAAAUGCAUGCAAUUAUGGCCCCUAAUGCUAUAUCAGUAAAAAAGAUAAAAUAUAGUGAUAAAAAACAGUAAUUCGAGCUAGAUUUUGCAUUAUAUGGCAUGUAGAACAAGAAAUACACCAUAAAUUAUGCAUUAUUUCUAGCAAAAGAUGUAGAGUUAUGGCCCUUGAAGUAGGUUUGUCAUAUCAUUUUUUCUGUUUACAAAAUUAGUUUGUAAAUAUAUUAUGGCUUUUCCAAAUAAAAUAUUUAUUGUACCUCAUUGCAUGCACAUUCAAUAAUUUUUAUGUAUGAUAGUUAAUUAGUUAUGAAAAACGCAUUACCAUAGAUAAAAAUGAAUUCCAAGGUUUACUAAUGUAUGUAUGUAUGUGUUAAAAUAUCAUAUGAGCCGCGUCAAGAUAAAACCAACAUAAUGGGUUUGCGACCAGCAUAGAUCCAGACCAGCCUGCGCAUCCGCGCAGUCUGAUCAGGAUCCAUGCUGUUCACUUACUGACCCUAUUACAAGUAGAGAAACUGAUAGCGAACAGCAUGGAUCCUGAUCAGACUGCGCGGAUCUAAGUGUUUAGAAUGCAAGUUCAUGUUCAGUCAGUGAUUCACUUGAUAUUAAAAGUUUAUAGUGUUGAUUCUUAUUGUUUAUACUUUAUAGUAAUGUUUCAUGUAUAUUCCUUUAUCGUUGAUCGGACAGAAUGAAUGUUAUAAGUUCAUAAAACUAUUCAGUGUUAAGUAUGAUUAGUGUUUUGACUUUUUUUAUUAUUAUCUUGAAUAUUUGAUAUAAUUAUAUACUAAAGACAAUAUAACAAAAUGAAAAAAAAUAACCUACCAAGGCAAAACUUACAUUAUAAUGUUCUAUUACUGUUGAUUUGAAAUAAUGGGUUUAUUAUAUUAACACAAAUGUAUGAUUUAUUUUAUCCAGAUUGCUGUUAAAUCUUUAAAAUUGUAUAAGAGUUUAUGAUUUAUUAUGUUAGUUUUAGAUAUUUACAAUAAAAUUCUUAGAAUGCA